CUUUGAACACACCACGAUAUACAAACAGGAAAACACAAAGAACAGAGGGAAGAAGACAGGAACAAACUUUACCUUAAAUCUCUCACUCAAUGUCUUAUCAGCAUGUUGCAUCUGGAAGCAUUCUAUCUUACAUCAUUGUUAAUAACGCUUUGUAAUUGCUACCCAGUUUCAGUGUUCUUGGUGCGCGAUGAGGCCCAUGGGGUGCUGCAGCGUACUCGAAGGGCCAACUCGGGCUGGUUUGAGGAGAUGAAGCGGGGCAACUUGGAGAGGGAAUGUUUAGAGGAGCUGUGCUCCUAUGAGGAGGCGCGGGAAGUGUUCGAGCGCACAGAAACUACGAAUGAAUUUUGGAGUAAAUAUAAUGUUGUAGAUCACUGUCAAACCAACCACUGUGCCAACAAUGGGAUCUGUGAAAGCCGUUCAGACUCCUACACGUGCUUCUGCCCACCUGGAUUCAGUGGGAGGACCUGUGAGCAAGAUAACAAAGCCAUCCUUGAGUCGUGUCUGUAUGACAAUGGCGGCUGUGAGCAUUUCUGUGAGGAGAAGGAAAGCGGGCGCUACUGCACGUGUGCUGACGGCUACUUCUUAGGACCUAAUGGAAAAGAAUGUUUCACUCAGGAGCAAAUCCCCUGCGGAAAGGCCCCACUGGACCCCACUGUGAAGGGAGUGUUGGAUCCUCGGGCUCGUAUUGUGGGAGGGUCAAUAUGCCCUAAAGGUCAUUGCCCUUGGCAGGUUCUGCUGGUGUAUAACAAGAAGGGUUUCUGUGGAGGAAUCAUAUAUAAGCCCAUGUGGAUCUUGACUGCUGCACACUGUUUGGAGGACAUAAAACAACUCAAAUACCUGGAAAUAAUUGCAGGCGAGCAUGAUCGAGACGUGGAGGAAGGCACGGAACAGACCAUCAUGGUGAAGCAAAUGAUUUCACAUCCUAAUUACGUGUCCAACACGGCCGACAACGACAUCGCUCUCUUGCGUCUCCAACAUCCAGUUGAGCUUACACCUUAUGCUGUGCCUGUUUGCUUGCCAACACGUGCCCUUGCUGAACGCGAGCUUUGGGCAGUGCACUUCCACACGGUUAGCGGAUGGGGACGUCGCAGUGAGGGUGGACCAACGUCCAGUAUCCUUAGACGACUGAAGGUACCGCGUAUUGGAACGCAGGACUGUCAAAGGGACAGCAAUGUGUCACUAACCUUGAAUAUGUUCUGUGCUGGUUACAUCGAGGGCAAAGAGGACUCGUGUAAGGGGGAUAGCGGAGGUCCACUAGUAACUCAUUAUCGGAACACAACGUUUCUGUUGGGAAUUGUGAGUUGGGGAAAGGGGUGUGCCCGACCCGGAAAUUAUGGGAUAUACACUCGUGUGUCGAACUAUCUAGAGUGGGUGCAGGAGCAUACCUCUGAUUCAGGACUUAACAUCACAGUGACAUAAUCAGAAUAUUUAUAUUGGUCUUACUCAACUCCAGAACACAAUAAAUCAUUUAGACUGUA